CUUGUCCCGGCUGUCUAUAAGAGUGUCGCAGUGUUUACUGGUUUCUAGUACCCAGCGCCAUUUUUAUGCGGUGAGCAACAGCAAAAAUGGUCACUGACUCAUCGCUGCUGUAGUCUGCAAACGAAAAGAAGAAGCCAAAGCCCUAGGAGAUGAAUUGUGUGUGUUGAUAUGAUUUCUUCAUUUUAAUUGAUGCGUUUGAAAUUAUUCAGUUUUACUCAGUACAAUGUCUUAGAUGUAGCUGUAGGGCUAAACAAUUCACCAAGGAACUAGAUUAAACUUUGUCCUUCAUGCAGUUGUUGUCAUAGUGAUACUUGAUGAUUAAUUACUCCUUCAUCAAAACACAACUUAAGUGAAAAAUGACAGCCUAUUAUGUCAAUGUUGCCGAAUGGAGUCCUGAACAGGUUGCUGACUGGAUGCGAGGCUUGGAUGAUACACUUGUUCCGUACAUACACUUCAUGCUCAAACAGGAAAUCAAUGGCCAUAGACUCCUCUCCACGACAGUUGAAGAUUUGCCUGUAUUUCAUAUAGACAAACUUGGCCACCAAGAAAUCUUCAUGGGAGCAGUUGAUCUUUUGAGAGAUUUUCACUACAACUUAGAUCGAGAAAAUCUUCAGUAUUUGGCCAUGCAAUUGGGCUGCAAAGCUAGAAGCCUUUACAAUGAGCUAAGAAUUAUUUAUCAGUCAUUUGAUAAUGGGAAAACUGAGCAAGUGACAACUGCAACUCUUGCUGCAGUAGCUGAUAUCAUAGAUCAAGUUAAAGAUCUGUUAUCCUGGCUUGAUCGGACACCUUUUGACGGCCAUGAACCAUAUUUAGAAGUUAAGGGCAAUUUGCUUAAAAUAUGCCUUGAACUUGCCACAAAUGCACAAAGGGAUUUGUUUGCUGAACACCCAGUUCAGGUUAUUCGAGAAGGCUGCAUCUCUUUAGUCGGAAUUACCGAUAGAAUUAUCUGCGAAUUUCUGGAUCCUUUGGUAUUACAACCAGCCUCUCUAGAUGUGGCCACUAUAAAGAAGAAACCAGAAGAAGAUGUCGUGGUUAUUAGUUCUCAUUCAAUUUCUAAUAGUUUCGAUGGAAUUGAUCUGUGGUUACAGGGCAUGCUUAUUCAGACAUCGUAUAAAGGCGUUCAUGUUAUUGGGGCUGUUAAAUUUCAAAGUCCAGCCCAUCAAUGUGGGAAAAUAGAAGUAGGUGAUGAAGUGGUACAAGUCAACUACCAAACAGUUGUUGGUUGGCAGCAGAAAAAGCUAAAAGCUGCUAUGUUGGAGAAUCCGGCUAAAGUGAUCCUGACCCUUAAAAAGCGGCCUCGUCAUUCGAACAAUUUUGGACAAAUCUACGUGAAGCCUUACAGGCUGCCAAGUAAGAAACGAGAGUCCUACCACUUUCGAUGGCAUCUAGGUGGUGACGGUCAAACCAAACCGGAGCUUACUUCUUCUUCCAAGGCCAUCGACUCGAUGUCUAUUAGUUCUGUUCCAGUUGUGCAUAUUGCCCCACCAGUAAUGGCUGAGGUGACGGCUGCUGAACUCCCCUCAGAAGUGGAGAGCGACGAUACUGACGACGACAGUUUCUUGCCAGAUAAUCACGAUCCCGUCGCGGCCGCCGCUGCAGCUGCAGCAGUUGCUGCUGCCACGGGUUCGGAUGCAGUGGGAGGCGCAACCGCUUCACCCGCUAGUGUCCGUCUCAUUUUGCCGAAGAAUAGAUUGAGUAUUCAGCGAAGGGCGACAGUAACGGGCGCAAGUCCUACUUCAUCCCGCCCUGCUCUCAAUAUCGAGCAGUUUUGGAAAGAGUUGAAAGAAGGUCAGCAAAGUAAAUCACCAGAGCUGCUCGACCUUCUUCGUCAACAGCAACAGCAGCCCGAGCAACGACCACACAGCAGUGUCGGCCACUACGACGGCCAAAUUCGUCGACCACACAUGAAAGAAUCAAAUAUCAGUCGACAGUCAGAAACUUCUGCGUCCGAUAAAUCAGAGCUGCUGUUAUUGCGAGAAAAGGAGAAGGUCAAUGUUAUUUCUUCAAUGUUGAUAGCCGACAAAAUCAGUGAGGAACCGAGUGACCUAUGUGUAGGGAUCGACCAGUUUCAAAAAGACAACAAACAAUGUGAUGAAAAUGAAGUAGAAAUUCGGUCGCCGUCGAGAAAAGUAUCCCAGGAUCGACCGAGAUUGGAUAAGAGUCAAAGUACACCGACUUACGAAUCAGUGUCAGGUGAUAUGACUUCUUUCGAAGAAAAGCUGCGCGAUAUCCGUCUUCGCAAACAAAUCCGAGAAGAAGAAGCGCCUAAUCCCAUUUCAGAAAGUUUAAAUCAUAGCUCUUCUCCCCCUCCCAUUUCCAUUGCCCCACCUCUGUCACCAAAACCGGCAUUGCCUCCACGAAACAAAGUUCGACCCCAAGCAGAUGAGGAUGCUGAACUAGCCUCAGUUAAUUCGUUAACUUCCGCUUCCUUCACGACAUCUCCAGAUUCCACGUCGAAUGCACUCAUCAGCCCCACCUAUUCGCCCAUCCCGGCGGUGGAUAAUAUGUCGACUCAAGAAAUGAGCGCAGGUUUGAGUUCUGUCUUGUCAAAUCCAACAUCGCAUGAACUGUCGCAUUUGGGUUUACGUCCGCACGAAAUCCGCGACCUGAUCCGUCGCGGACUUUGGCCUCGUCAUCCCACCGAUGAAGAUCGAGCGCUGCCUGCUUUGACUCGAGUAACCCGUCUGGACUCCAAUUUCGAUCCCGUUCCGGGUAGCACCGUCCCACGGAUCGCCCCUUCCCUCUUGGUAACAUACGCACAUCAUGACGAGGAAGUUCACGUGGCUCUUCCUCCAGUAAAAACCAAUAACAGCCAGCAUUACGGUGUCAUUAAUCCAGCUGGUCGAACCCAAUAUCAACAUAUCAGUCAGCGCCCAGCACAUUACCAACAACAGCAGCAACAGCAUCAACAAUCUGAUAACGAGAGAUCGUCAUCUGAUGGAUUACGACGUCGUGGUGUUCCGUGCCGAGAACUUGGAGAAGGGGAUUGCCAAGGUUGGCUCUUUCGGCGUCGCCAGACGCGAGGAUUCUUUGCCGGACCACGAUGGACGCGACGCUUUUUUGUUCUAAAGCGUCAUACUUUGUAUGGUUAUCGUGAUCCUGAGGAUCAAAAGGCAGAAAGCUUAAUAUGUUUGCCUGGAUUUAGUUCAUCCGUGGCCGCUGAAGUAAAAUCGAAAAAGUUUGCAUUUAGAAUUUUCAAUCCUGGCACAAUGUUUUACUUCGCUUGCGAGAGUAAAGAAGAAUUAAACAAAUGGCUCAACACGGUAAAGCAAUCGGCCACGGCACCUUAUGGGAAUUCUAGUGAGGGUUCUAGUAUUCACAAGGACCCAUCGUUUAUCACUAAAGGAGCUUAUUACAGUGAAACAGAAGAUGAAUCACUCGACGAGGCAGAAAACCAUAAAAUUGGUUUGGCCUCCACUCUAGGUCGUAGAAAAGGGAAGAUCCCGCCUGCAUUGCCCCAGCCGAAUUCGCACAAAAAUGUUCCGUUUGGAGGGACAGCGACUUUAGGUCGAAUUAAAAAGAGUCCUGAAAAUCCCUACGUCUAUACAGAGGAGAAGAGUCCUCAGUCUCCUUCGAAGGCCAAUAACCGGAGUCCGAUGGCAGCCAGUUUAGAUCGAAAGUACUUGCGUUUCUUGCGCGUUGCCCCCGAGAAACAGCCAGUACCAACACCCCAAUUUCGCAGCUACCGUAAACCUUGCCCUUCGCCGUCACCAACUGCCACUUCUGCGCCGACCGCAUUACCUCCUUCCCCUUACUGGAUGGACGGAUCCAAACCUCCACCACGGCCUCCUAAUGAGUCGAAACCGGCUUCGCCAUUCAAACCGCAACCGUCGCCAACAGUGAUGAAAGACAAUGUGGAAUCAAACGGAUCUUCAUUUGAUUUCUCAUCACCGAUCCAACCAAAGCAUGCCCAAGCUAGUCGCCAUUCGGCCGAACGUGCUGCCCCGCGGACGAACCAUUCUGAUGCCAUCAACGCCUUCCGAAAAAGCAUCAGCACGUCAAAGUUGCCCAAUACGCCUCAUUUGCAGCAGACUAACCUGAAUACCACAGCAGAAAUAUCGUUGACGGAAAUGAAAGAACGUCCUGGCUCUGCAACGGUCUUUCCACGCCGUCCCAGCCGACGACACAGUAUUGAAAUUAUCGAUACGAAAUCUCCCAAAUCUCCCGUUAAGCCUCAGUUGGCUCCGAAACCCAGCAGCGCCCGAAUCAUGGGUCGAAACGCUGGAUUAGAUUCUUCUACUGACGUUACGCCUACCGACGGAGUCCAACGUCGAGCCAUGUAUGGUUCAUUGAAUCGUUCCAGCUGUGGUGACACAGACAUCUAUGGCAGUUUGGAAUCCGGUUACGCCAAAAUCAAGCCGCGUAAUUCUAGCAGUGCCAGCGACUAUUACCGAAGUGGCAGCACUGGAAGUUCUGCCACUCUAAGUCCCCACAAGUUGGAAUCUGUGGGUCGCCGUUCCAGUGUGAGCUCUUCGAGGCGGUCAAGCACCGAUUGUGGUUCCACCGUCAAGUCUGGAGGAGUCAGCAGCAGCCUUUCUAAACUGCCCUCACCUGGUGCUUCCCUCUCACCCGCUUCACCUAGCCGAGGAGUGUUUGAUUUCAACAAUGUGGAUCCUUUUGGGAAAAGUUAUCGUCAAGGUCCGCCAGAUCAAUUAUGGAUCAAUUCUUUACGCAAUGGAAUGACCACUAGUCCAGGAAAGCAUGGCUGUAGUCCCGAUCGUCCAAAGAACUCGAGCGCCAGGCUCAAAAGUACAUCCUGUUAUCAGCCAAUGAAUUUCCCGCUCAGUCCCAAAGACGACGCCAAAAUGAGAGCUGCUUUUGAAAUGAAUUUGGACGUCACGUCUCCUGCGACGCCAGAUCCUGACAUUCAGAAAAGCACCGGAGCUGCCGCUGAUGCGAAGCAGUUCUUUAAAAUGUUGGUUUCGCCUAAAUUCGGACGCAAAACGACGUCGUCCUCGCCAACCAUUCCAGCCAAAAACAAAGUUAUUGAAGCGUCUUCACCCCCGUUUACGACUGCCACGACACCGUCACCCCGUCUGCAGAAGACACUUUUGGGGUCACCGCGGCUCCAUCGGGCUAUUUUCGGCAACUCUAGAGAUAAACGUAAGAAGCUGUUGGAAAGUGGCGAGCCCCACUUGCGUCCGUUUGUUGCGGAAGAGUCGGCCACGAAUUUCGAUGAGCGUACGGAAGCAGACGAAUCUCAAUCGAGUUUUAAUUCGUCCGUCUCGAGCGAGUUUUCUCCUCGUUACUCACCGGCGUCGACCAUCCAUCAUCGUUCACUCCAUCGACCGCCCCCGUUGAUCAGCCCGUUACAAAGUCCGUCGGUUUCCAGCAACAGCGGAGUGCUCGUCAUGUCGCCUUUUGAAGAUAGCAGCGGCAGUUGCCCGGGAACGCCGAAAACUCCGCUGCUCAAGCCGGCCAUGGGCGUGUCGAUGAUCGGCAAGCAACGACGAACUCCUUUGGGUCCCGAUUCGCCGUUCGGUCCGCCGUUGAGUCCAGCCUUUUCAACUGGGGGUGGAGGUUCUUUGCGCCACCAUUCCUCGACGACUCAAUUUCCGUACACGCUAACCCCCAAAGAAUCGUCUCCCGCUCCAGCACCGCCAUUGAUUCCGUCUAGUGGAGAACUCGAGUACCCGCCCGUUUUUGAGCCGGGCACCUACAGUCUGUCUGAGAAGAAUGUGGAAAUGCAUCUGACGUCGACUCGAUCUUCUUUGACUUCCUCUUCAAUGCCGCCCGUCCCAGCACCUCGCACUAAAUUUCUAUCGUCGACCACUAGCCGCCUGUCACAUUCGCCGUCGAUGGAAUCCACUUCGAGUUCCAGGGAAUCCACUUCCAACGUUUGCCAGCAACACCGCGUUCACGUGCGUCUGGAAACGGGUCGCUCCAUCGACGAGUCAUCCAAUGCUUGAAUUUAGAUUGAAUUGCGUGUUCUUCUUUUUUUUCUUUUUUACUUGUUGUCUUUAUUUGAAGUGUACGUGGUGUUUUCGUCGGAUCUGUGAUGUAAUGACGUUCUUUUGUUUCGAACCCGCUGCCAGUUUGCAGUUUUCGUCUUCCAAAUUCACCGACCGUUUGCAAUUUCAUUUCGGUUUCUACACAAUUUUUCUUGAGCCAAAAAUAUAACCGCUUUUUUCUCGUU